CGUUCGCUCGCCGCCUGUGAGGUUGGCAGCCUGUCAAAAAUCGAAGGAGUUCGACGGAGACAGCCGCUACUGGGUUUUGUCUCGAGCCAUCAACUACCCUUCUCUCGGCUCCUCAGCGUUCCACGCUCCAUGGUGUGGCAGCUGAGCAUUUUGAUCACGCGUCCUGUCGACCGGCUUCGAACAGUCGCCACCACACCAUGCCUACCAAGUGUUCGACAAAAGUCGUAAGCCCGUCUUUUCUUCUUGUUUUCACCUUUUCGUUUCCUCAGAUUCGCAUGAUACAUAAGAAUGCUAAUUCAAUGUUACCCUACAACUAUAAUCAGCAUAUUUUAUGCAAUCUCGGCUGCCCCCCAAAUAGAAGAGACAUUGACUAAUUCUUUUUUGAAUCUCCUACUGACUCCACUUCAUGUGUCAGAUAAUUAGAAUCCAAUUUAAUGACACAUAUGAUUUACGUAAGAUAAUUGAGAGUUCUAUUUAAUAUAAACGAUUAAUUAAAGUCAAGAUUUUUCAGCUCAAAUAUAAUAGUCGAAAUUGUUAAUAAUAAAAAGAAAGACAGUAUGUUACAUAUAUUGUUAAAGCCAUUACAAACUUCAAAGUAGUCUAUAGCUUCAGUAGUUUAAUAGUUUUAUAUUUUUUUAUAUAAUCAUAUUAUCACUGCUCCCCAAAUUAUAUAUAAUAAUCAGUAGAAAGAAAUAAUAUGGAUGAAUUUAGUAAAUAAAAUCUCACUGCUUAACAAAAAGAAAUAUAAAUAAAAAAGGCAAAAAUUUCUAUAAGCAAAUGUAUUAAUAUGCGAAACAUAGAUGCACACGAAUAUGCAAAUGUGGUUCGGUCUUCAGCCAAAUGGUUUAAUCCAAUCGACACUCGGAGUCCUAUAAUGGUUCGGCCGCACCUUCAUAAAACCCUAAGAGACUUCCGAAACCCGCCUCCGUUCUCUCUGUCGGUCGCUCCUCCCUCCCGCGUUUCGAGUAGAGGAGCAGAGAGGAGAGCCGGCGAUGGACUUCGGCGUAGCUGGCGGCGCGGGUGGUAGCGAGGAGGCCGCGCGGCGAGUCCGCGUGCGGUUCACCACCAAGCUCGGGCCGCCGCUCCGAGUCCCCUCCGCCCCCCUCGCCGUCCCCUCCAACCUCACCCGCAUGGGCCUCUCCGAGAUCGUCAACCUACUCCUCGAGAACGCUAGCGCCGAGCACGAGACGCAGCCGUUCGACUUCUUGAUCGACGGCGAGCUCGUCCGCCUGCCCCUCGAGGAGUUCCUGCUUGCCAAAGGAAUCUCCGCGGAGAAAGUGCUUGAAAUCGAGUACAUAAAGGCGGUGGCACCGCGGAAGCAGCAGGAUCCUCGCUUGCAUGAUGAUUGGGUUAGUUCGGUGGACGGUUCUAAUCCAAGUUAUAUUUUAACGGGUUGUUAUGAUGGCAUUGCAAGGCUAUGGAAAGGUGGUGCUGCAUGUACACAUGUAUUAGUAGGGCAUAGUGGUGCAAUUACUUCUGCUCAUUUCAUCAAUGGAAAAGAUGAAAGUGAAAACAGGUUCCAUAUUGCCACUGGUUCAAAAGAUCGGACAUUGAGGCUUUGGAAGUUUGAUGAUGCUGAACAUUUGGAGCAUCCAGUGAAUAUCAGAGAAUAUAAAAUUCUUCAAGGGCACACAUCAUCUGUUCAGAGCAUCUCCUCGGACCCUUCUGGAGAUAUGAUUUGUUCAGGUUCCUGGGACAGCUCUAUUAAGUUGUGGGAUGUGAAGAACUCCGAAGUGCAAGGUGACACUGUGUCAAUAAAGAAGAGGAAACUGGUCUCUGACACAGAAAAUCAUGUAGAGUCGCAGUUGGAGGGGGUGGCUGCCGCAACGCUCGUAGGGCAUUCACAGUCUGUAUCUUCCAUUGUUUGGCCAGAACGCAAAACUAUAUAUUCUGCCUCAUGGGAUCAUUCUGUCCGACAAUGGGAUGUUCAGACAGGCCAAGAGACGUGGAAUAUGGCAUGCGGGAAAGUUUUGAAUUGCCUUGACAUUGGUGGAGAGAGUUCUGCACUUAUUGCUGCAGGAGGCUCUGACCCCAUCCUAAGGAUUUGGGACCCUCGCAAACCAGGAACACUGGCUCCUGUUUUUCAGUUUUCAUCCCAUUCAUCUUGGAUAUCUGCUUGCAAAUGGCAUUGCAAGUCAUGGUUUCAUCUGUUAUCAGCAUCUUAUGAUGGGAAGGUGAUGUUAUGGGACCUGAGAACAGCGUGGCCUUUGGCAAUAAUUGAUUCACACAAAGAGAAGGUACUAUGCGCCGAUUGGUGGAAGAAUGACAGUGUUAUUAGUGGAGGAGCUGAUUCGAAGUUGCUUAUAUGUUCUGGAGUGUCAAUCCAAUAAAAUGAGUGGAGUGCUGAUUUCUUCAAAAUACAUUGUGUCCUUCCACUCGAAUAAACAUUAAAAUAUUGCAGACAUGAACAUUCUUCUAGAGAUUUUAACGGCGUCUUCCAGAAGAAAGCAGUUUUAACAAGAUGUGUUUAAAGUUUUGUCUGUCUAAUGAAGAAGCUUACAGUAGAUUUGCUUAUAGCUAUACAAUUGUGUAAUGCCCGAGUAUAUGUUUCUUGAAUUUGGCGGCCAUUUUUAUGAGUGAGAUAUGAUUUUGCAGAUACUCUCAAUGUUGCAUCAUUGAACAGCGCAAAGCAUCUUCCCUUCUUGGAUAUGCGUGGGAGGUAGACUGCUGAUUUCGUCAUCUGCUAGUACACUGAGAAAGCUGCUCACUUUUUAACAUCAUUCCCUGUGCUUUCAGGUUCAUGUGCUUUGUUUAUAUUUGUUAGAGCAACAUGAUAAUCAUCUCUCAUGUUUUUUGCACAAGUUUGCAUGUGACCGAUGCGAUGAUCGUUUUGUACUUAUGAAGUUUAUUUUUCUAUUAUAUCGUAUGUAUUCAUGUUUA